AUGAUCUUUCAACAAUCUGCAAAACCUCUGAUCCUUCUGCUAUCUAUCUCAUUUAUGAGGACUCAAGGCCUUAACAGUAUUAUCAAUGAGCUAAACAAACGCCUACUCAUCUCUACCAACUUUUUGUUCUGCAACCAAACCGACAAACUUUAUGAACACGAGAUCAAAUAUCUCCGACACAUGCCACUCAUGAACCUGAUGAUCUUUAGCUCGAUUGAAUCCUUUAACGUCACCCAACUAAAAUAUAAUUUGGGAGCUGAAAACAAACUCUUUAUGAUCUUAGGUAAUAACAAUCCGCCCUACGAUUUCUUUAACGCUUUGGACUUAGAGUUUCAAGAAUCUGAAUAUAUUAUGGUUAUUGAUGAUCCCGUCUAUUUGAAGGGGGACACCAACUGGUUGGUCUUUGUAAAGCACUUGUGGCGGCAAGGUUAUGUGAAUUUGCUUUUUUACACCUCCUUCGAUGAGAAGCUCUAUCACAAAAUAAUAUUUCCCGAGACGGUGAUAGAGGAGGCUUCCAUAAAGCAGUACAUAUCCAUUCGGGGAUCGUUUAGGAACCUAUAUGGUUAUCCGGUUCGCGUUGCCGCCUAUAAUAACGCACCGCGCUCCAUGCUCUAUGUGGAUCGCUGGGGUAAGAAGGUAUAUGCCGGGUUCUACAUGAGAUUCAUUCGAGCCUUUAUUGACUCACGGAACGGUAGCUUUGUGCCGAUUCUCACGCCGAGCAAUUCCCCCGGAAAUUGCACAUUGCACUUGCGCAAUGAAACGGUGGAUGUGUGUGCCGAUGCCCUGGCAGCGAAUCCUGCGGCCUUCAGUUUGACCCAUGGAUUCAGGAUUGCCUCGGCGAAUGUUUUGGUCUCCCAUGCGAAGCCCCUGCACUCCUAUCGAUAUCUCACAGCUCCGUUUCAAUGGAGUGUGUGGUUCUGUUUGGCCGCCUACGUCGUCCUGGUGGUGAAUUUCCUGAGCUUCAUCCACUGGCUGAGGAGCGGAAAAUGGGACUUUAGCAAGCACCUCCUCGAGGUCUUCAGCUCACUUUUAUUCAGUGGCUUUUACCUGAAAGAGAUUCACGGCAGAGAGAGAUACAUACUCUUCGGCGUGUUGUUCAUAGCUGGAUUUGUGUACUCCACCGAGUAUCUGGGAUUGCUCAAAAGUAUGUUGAUCUCGGAGGUGUUCGAAAAGCAAAUUGACACCUUUGAGGCCUUGGUGGAGAGCAAUAUAACGCUGAUGGUGGAUCCGUACGAUAAGUCGUUGUUCGCCAAGUACAACAUGCCCAAGAUACUGGAACCCAUAAUGGAGUUAGUCAGUUUUGAAACUCUGUUGGAGCACAGGAAUCACUUUGAUCAGGACUAUGCUUACAUACUGUUCUCGGAUCGAAUGGCCUUGUACGACUAUGCACAGCAGUUUCUGAAGCACCCGAAACUUCUGAGGAUUCCCAUCGACUUUUCGUUCCUCUACACCGGCAUACCGAUGCGGAAGAGAUGGUUCCUGAAGCACCAUUUGGGACAGGCCUGGUAUUGGGCCUUCGAAAGCGGUCUUACCAGGAAACUGGCCUUGGACGCCGACUUCGAGGCGGUUCGCGUGGGCUAUCUUAACUUCCUCAUCACGGAGCAUGUGGAGGCCCAGCCGCUGGAUGUGGAUUAUUUCGUCAUGCCGGCAAUUGCUCUCGCCCUCGGCUACAUCCUGGCCCUCCUGAGUUUUGUCAUCGAGAUGACGGCCUGGCGCAUGAGGGGAUUCCUGAGAUGCAAGAUGAAGGCUGGGACGAGUACCGGUUGCCCAGGAGGCGGUUAUGUUGAAGUUGAUUGA